GAUGAUCGCGUACAUGAUGUUAGGAAAUGACCACUUGAAGAAAGGAGAAUAUGAUAAUAGUAUAUUAUACGGUAACAAAUGUCUUGCCAUCGCCAAAGAAUCUGGUGAUAAAGAAAGAGAGAUGGAUGCGAACACUAUGUUAGGAAAUGCCUACUCAAAGAAAUAAAGAAUACGAUGAUGCUCACUCCUUCUUUACAGAAGCCAAGACAAUUGCGAGGGAACCAGAGGACAACCACAAAGUCUCAUAUCUUGGAAUACGUAUUAACGAAAUUUCUGAAAUAGUUGGCAUGUCUGAAGGACAUAGUGAAUUAGUAUCACCCCUGAAGGAGUUUCCAGAUGUUGUUCAGGAAAAUGAAAGUCUUUUCCAUUCGUUUUUUCGCUUCUUGCAUCUUAAAGCAAACUACAAAUACGAGGAAGCUAUUUCAUGUCUUGAGGAUUUUAUGGCGCACGGAAAGAACAGUAUCAAUGAAGAUGAAUAUCGUGAACUCUUAUGGACUUGUAAGCAAAACAUCUCAGAGUUGCAUGUAUUACUUAAGGACUACGAUAAGGGCAUACAGUAUCAACAAGAAGCACUUGAUGUCGCACGCAAACAGGGCUCAAAGGCCAAUCAGGCAAAGACCCAUUUUAGCCUAGGCAAAGUCUAUUAUAAACUUAAGAAGUUUGAGAAUGCAGAGARGUCAUUCAAAGAAUCGUUAACGUGCUAUGAAUUGAUAUUUGUUGGUCUUAAGCAAAACGAUCGAUUCAAAAUAGCUUUCAUUGAUAAAUACAAAGAGACUUUCAAGCUGCUUCUAAAGGUUCUUAUUGAAAGAAAUAAGAAAGAAGAAGCUCUGUCAUUGUCUGACCACUAUCGUGCAAAAGCCCUGAAAGAUCUCCUUGUUUCAAACUAUGGAAUGAAGAAAGAACAAACUGCUGAUGAGGAUUUACAGUACGCCGAUGUCCAGUCUCUUGUCUCCAGCAGUGAUUACACUCUUCUGUUUUAUUCAACGUGUUUUGACGAGUUGUCAAAAGUUGGAUUUUCAGUCCAACGUUUUAAAUACUGUGAUACAUGUGUAGACAAGCUUGUUGAUGAAAGAUUUGAAGAUAUGAAAGUACCGCGUCAAGUAAUCCACUGUGAGGACAGAUCAUUAGACAACAUGCACUACUCUGAAGAAAACAAGAAUCCAAAAGAUGAUGAAUUAACGCAGCUGUUGAUUCAACAGAGAGAAAAGAGAUUAUCACGAUAUUGCCGUUCUACUUGUGUAUGCAGAGAAAACCCAUCGGAAAACUGCGAUGAGAGCAGACUGACCAGUGGCCUGGAAAUAUUGUAUCAAAAGUUAAUAAACAAUAUCAAAUCUUUGAAUAAACAAGACGAAAUGGUCAUUAUUCCUGAAGGUCCUUGGUACAGAUUACCAUUUGCUGCCCUACGGGACCCAGACACGGGACAGUAUUUGUCUGAAAGAAUGCGGAUUAGAAUGGCUCCUUCAAUGGCAUCUUUAAAGUUCCUCCAAGAAUAUCCAGUGAAGCAUCACUCCAGAAACGAGGCAUUAAUUAUUGGCAAUCCCAUAGUUGGUGAAGUCAUGUUGGAUAGAGCUCCGUUUAAAUUUGCCCCCUUACCAGGCGCAGAAAAAGAGGCAGAUGAAAUAGCUCUCAUACUUAAAGUUACGUCGUUAUUGGGAACUAAGGCUACAAAGCCCGUUGUCAUAAAGAGACUACAAGAAGGAGCGUCUGUUGUUCACAUUGCUGCGCACGGUAGCCUGGAAAAGGCCACAAUCGUACUUGCUCCUUCUCCUGAGAUAAGAAAAACAAAGAUCCCAGAUGAAAAAGAUUACAUGCUGACCAUGGCUGAUGUACAGCAAACUCAAGUACGUGCACAGUUAGUUGUGUUAAGCUGCUGUUACAGUGGACGUGGUGAGAUUAAAGCUGAAGGUGUAGUUGGUAUGUGUCGCGCCUUUCUCGCGUCAGGUGCUCGUGCUGUAGUGGGUUCCCUGUGGGCCAUCAAUGACGAUGCUACUUUGAUGUUUAUGAAAAAGUUUUACAAGUAUCUGAAGGACGGCAAGAACGCAAGUACCAGCCUAAAUCUGACGAUGAAGGACAUGAAAAGAACGCCACAAUACAGUGAACCAAAGUAUUGGGCUCCUUUCUUCUUGAUGGGCGAUGAUGUGACGAUCCAGUUCAAAGAUUAGCACAGUAAAGAUGAUAUUUUUUGAGGAAAGUUUCCUUUGGACAUUAUUUCCAUAAACAGUGAGUAAAAUAUAACAAUUAUCAAGUUUAAAGAUUCAAAGGAUUAACAGUAUGUAUUCACUUUAGUGCAAAACCUGUUUUAGUUGGGAGGGGCGUAGAUCAAGAACACGACAACGAGGUCAGUGAGGCAAAGAGAAUAUAAUGUUCAAGAUUCUUGCUUUAGUAUCAUUUUCUUAGUUUCCUUGUUAUCAUCAUGUCAGUACCUCACAGCUAAAAGGGUUUUGCUACUGUAUAUAUAAAACAUAAAGUGUGCGCUAAGUUAGAACUACAUAAAGCACCUAGACUAGGACACCGACCCUGAUAACGAGAGUUAACUGUAUUGACGGGUACCUUCAUGUAACCAAUAUUGAAUGACAUGUGACUGUGAAGGUGUGAGGUGUGAGUUGUAGAGUACCUGAACUAGCUCAUGGUAUGUUGGUAGAACAUUAUUAGUCAGCUUUACUGUCUCGUUUUAAACUUUUUUAAAAAUUAUUUCAUUAUUAAUAAGGUUUGAAUAAUGAUUUAGGAUUGGAUUUUGACAAUGUACGUCAGUCAAUUUUCUAGCAAGCAUUGAAUGCUUAUCUCAAUUAGGUCAAGUCGGGGGGAAUCUUAACUAUUAAUAAGAAAAGUUGGUUCAUUGAACUAAUCUAAUUUAGUCUAGGGGAGAAUAUAGGGAUUCACUGUUUGGGUGGAGAGUAACAAUGUUGCCAGUUUGAUGAAGUCCUCAAGCCCUAUUCUAUCUGUACAUAGAUACAACUAUAAUAUUAAUUCUUUCCGUUCGUUGGAACGAUUUCUUAGCAUGGCAAAAUCGCUGGAUUGUGGUCCAGCUUGGGUGCAUAAAAUCUUUAACUCACCUUGCAUUACAAUGAGUUAAUCGUACCCAAGCCAGACAAGAACGAUUCUGGUUAGACUUCAGGAGAAAAUAAGUCUUCAAUAACUACAUUUGUAGCUGAGUAACUUUCAGUUGACCAUCCAAAGUUCAAAGAAAGGCUGGUAGCGACCUAGUCGUGCAUAAGAUUGUGGGGACAAUAUCGAAAAGCUCCGCCAUCUUACGUCCCCCAUUCAGCCCCAUAAUCCUUUUCACUUCAAGGAGGUUAAGAGUCUUAGUUCUUCAAACUUUGGAAAAGCGAAGUCAACUGACCGUAUUACUCGUAGAAUUAAACACAAACAAAUUUUUUCUUUAGAUAUAGAGAGGGGUUUUACGACAGCCAUGUCGUUUCCAAAAGAAGAACACUCUUAUUGCUGUUCCUUACAACAUAUGUUUGCCAUUAAGCCCCUCUGUUGGUUUUAUUUCAAAACAAAAAUAUAGAAAAAUAUAAUAUUCACACUUUAUAUUCGUUGGGUUUUACAAGCCAAUGCUUCGUAUAUAAAAAAAAUUGUAGAAAGAAUAAAUAGCGAAGGCAUUGAGUGUAUUUUUGGUAUUUUGACUUUAUUAUUAAACUAGUUAGUUAUUGAA